CAGAGUCUGCAGGAAACAAUGCCAAGCAUUGUCUGGUGAUAGGUUCAUUAACACUAUAAAAUCUCGGGAAUGACAUAACAUUGUCAUUAGUCGAACAACUCACUUAAAAUACAAAACACAUUCCAGCCAAUAGUGACGCGGAAAAAAGGCCCACACACAUCCCCAGAUUUCAAAAAAAUAAGGAAAAAAUGAAAGCCCACGUUUGUGUCCUAGUUCUAGUUGCAGUUUUGGCCACACCAACACGGGCAACUUUUGGCAAGUUGGGUUUGAUUGUUGGUGGAGGAGCCGGAGUGGUUGGUGGUGGUUACGGCGGUGGCUAUGGUGGUGGCUAUGGCGGAGGUUAUGGUGGCGGAUAUGGAUAUGACAAUACCAAUGUCAAAGUAGUUAAAGUGACUGUUGUUCCCAGUGCUAGAAGCAGUUAUGCCCGAUCAUAUGCUGGCGGUUCAUAUGGAGUUGGUUAUGGUGGAGCUUAUGCAGUACCGGCUGUGCCGACAGUUGCCGCACCUGUUACCACGGUCACAACACCAGUAAUUACUGCUGUCACCACUCCCGUUGUGACACCGACAAUUGGCGCAAGUUAUGGUGUUGGUUCUUAUGGCGUUGGUUCCUAUGGUGUUGGGUCCUAUGGAGCUGGUUCGUAUGGUGGUUUUGCCCCUUACGGCUCAUAUGCUGGUGCAGGAUCAUUUGCUGGCGGAUAUUACGGUGGAGCAGCGCCCUAUGGCCAUAGCAUACCAGCAACAUACGGUGUUGGUGCAGGGUAUGGUUACGGUGGCGGUUUUGGUUUGGGUUUCGGACCAACUGUUGGCUAUCCUAAUUGUUUCUAAAAAACGUUUUCCGAUUGUUUUUGUUGAAAAUUUUAUGAUAAUUGAAAUAAAUUAAACUAAAAGAAAAUUCUUAUUAA